GUCCUCCUGGCAGCCAUCAUGAAGGGUACAGUCUCAAUCUGCUGUUUCCUCACCCUGCUGAUUUUGCAGGCCACAGCAGAGGAGGAAGAGUUCAGUUCCACCCUGAGAGACAGAUCUCACAUCGAUGAAACUCUGCGGCUUGCAUCAGAGGAAAAAGCAGCAGAUUUUGCAGCGGCCAUACAGAAGUUGCGGAAGAUCUACCACACGUCCAUCAAGCCCAUGGAACAGGCUUAUAGGUACAAUGAGCUGAGGCAGCAUGAGAUCUCAGCAUACCCCGGACGAACCCUGGGGGACUCAGCCACAGAUGGUGAGAUUACUUCCAAGCCCAUGGUGCUGUUCCUUGGACCCUGGAGUGUUGGAAAGUCCUCCAUGAUCAAUUACCUCCUGGGCUUAAGUGACAGCCCAUAUCAGCUCUACACAGGGGCUGAGCCCACUACCUCUGAGUUUACGGUUAUCACGCACGGGGAAAAAAUACGCUCCAUUGAGGGUAUUGUUAUGGCAGCAGACAGCUCUCGCUCCUUCUCUCCUCUGGAAAAGUUUGGCCAAAACUUCCUGGAAAAGCUGAUUGGUAUUGAGAUGCCUCACAAACUGCUGGAGCGUGUGACGUUUGUGGACACUCCAGGAAUUAUUGAGAACCGAAAGCAGCAGGAGAGAGGUUACCCUUUCAAUGAUGUUUGCCAGUGGUUCAUAGACCGUGCAGAUCUGAUCUUUGUGGUUUUUGACCCCACCAAGCUCGACGUCGGCCUAGAACUGGAGAUGCUUUUCCGCCAGUUAAAAGGCCGCGAGUCGCAGAUCCGCAUCAUCCUGAACAAGGCUGACAACUUGGCUACCCAGGACUUAAUGAGAGUCUAUGGAGCCCUGUUUUGGAGCUUAGCCCCUCUUAUCAAUGUAACUGAACCUCCCCGAGUCUACGUCAGCUCCUUCUGGCCAUACGAUUAUGCACCUGACACCAGCCGUGAACUCUUCAAGCGUGAAGAAAUCUCCCUCCUGGAAGACCUCAAUCAGGUGAUUGAGAAUCGAAUGGAGAACAAGAUUGCCUUCAUCCGCCAACAUGCCAUCCGUGUACGCAUUCAUGCCCUGCUGGUGGACCGCUAUGUCCAGACCUUUAAAGAAAAGAUGAGCUUCUUCAGUGACCCUGAGCUCGUCUUUCAGGAGAUUGUGGACGACCCUGACAAGUUCUAUAUCUUUAAAUCUAUCCUGGCCAAGACCAACGUCAGCAAGUUUGACCUACCUAACCGAGAUGCUUACCGCGACUUCUUCGGCAUCAACCCAAUCACCAACUUCAAGCCACUGUCAGCCCAGUGCUCUUACAUCGGAGGCUGCCUGUUGGAAAAGAUCGAGAAGGCAAUCACCAAUGAACUGCCGGCUCUUCUGAGCAGCAUCAACUCUGGCAAACAGCCUGGCCUGUCAUCCUGCGAGGCAACCGGGUGUGGUGAGAAGCCAAAGAAUCGUUACCGAAAGAAUUGAGGCACGUAAAAAUAACUUAUGUGGAGUGAGUGAGGAGAGCGAAGGAGAAGAGAAAAGGUCAAUCCUGUUUUUGUCAGGACGUUUGUAUUUUUAGGGAGACAGAACAAAGAAGAGCAUUAGUAUUUUAAUUAUUAAUAAUAUUAUUUUCUAAGGAGAAUGGGGAGAAAGAUGCAUUUGGAGACUUUGAGAAUGAUCCAGAUAGUGUUCAAAUAAGGCAGCUUAAGGACAAAAAGUGCUGAAGAAAAGAGAAGAUGCCACUGUUCACAGAGUUUUGAUACACUCUCCUCUCUCCUUGCACAAUCACACUGGACUGUCUCAACUGUGGGAUUGGGGAACUACUGAUGUGAAGAAAACCAGAAAUGGCAAUGAAAUUGACAAGAUCAAACAAAAAUGGUGAACCAUGAGGAGACUGAAAAAAAGGCAAAAUACCAACUCCCUUGUAACAAAAACAAGAAAAAUGGAGACAGAAAUUCAUUGCAGCAGGUCAAUUCCAAAAGCUUCAGAAGUUGUUCUUGAAGUUGUCUUUUUGUGGGUGCUAUACAAAGGCUUUACAUUUGGCUCAUCAUUCAAAUCGUUUGCUUUUGAAAUAGAUUGUCUUUGCAUGCUAGAUGUCACAUUUAUUUAAACAGUUGCAUGGGUUUUUCUUCUAUCAUAAACAUAAAACAAAAAGAAAUCACCUUACAGUGUUUUUCAACAUGUGAACCAAUCCAGGCUUUUUUCUCUUGUUACAUUUGAAGUUUUGGUUGUUGACAACCUGUGAAACAGGCAGAGGUCAGGGUUCAAGCGUAAGUCUUCAGAGCAGAGAGGACUUGUUCAUUCUGCCUCAGUUCUUAACUCUUCUUCCUGUUUUUGUAUGAGUCUAUACAUUUGCCACUCUUUGGCAGAAAUCCAUUACUGUGUAUUUUUUUAUGUUUCUUUCAGUAAUAAGCUGCCCUGCACAACUCUUUUCAGCCGAGCGACCAUAAAAAGAAACUUAAUAAAAUGCUUGAGUUACAGCUGUCUUUUUGUAUUACCUCUGCCAUUUUUUUGUGAGUUAAAGAGUUUUUUUUCUGUGUAACUUUACAAAUGGAUGUUAAAUUGUGUGAACUGAAAAAUCCAGUUUUGAAUCACUGCAAAACAGUAAGAGUGGAUGGUUGUCAGUGUGGAUAGAAGGACUCACAAUUUGACCCCUGACCUCUACAAAAGCAUUGCUUUCAAGUUUUGUAGAAAAUUUAAUUUGCAAAGCUUCAAAUGUUCAUGCUCAUGUUUAAAAUACAGUGUCAUUGUUUGACACUGGAUUUUUAAAUGGUCAAACACGUCUUUAAGAAAUCUGCUAAACAGCCUGCAGAGACAUGUAUUAUUUUAUUAUUUCAUUUUGUGAAAGGUGUUUUGUGUUUUUCAAUUAAUAAAAAACACAUUAAUGAGA